AUGUUACAGUCAUUCUUCCCUCUCGCUUUGACGUUCGUACCUUCAUCAUCCAUCAUCAUAAUGUCGUUCUUCGGGGAAAACAUAGGAGCCAAUGGAAAUAUUGUGGCUUUACCUCUUACCCUCUAUCCUGUAAUCGAUCCAAUUGUUGUAUUGUACUUUGUCAGUAGAGCCAAUGGGAAUAUUGUGGCUUUGCUUCUUACCCUCUAUCCUGUAAUCGAUCCCAUUGUUGUAUUGUACUUUGUCAGUAGUUAUCGGGAAGCGAUACGGAUGUUGGAUUUUGAGAUAUGUCCCAUCUUACAGAUGUUCCAUUAA